AUGGCUUACAAAGCGCUGUCGUACAAUUGGAUGUCAUUGUGAGUCGAAUAUCUUUUUAACACAACAAUACGUUUUCAAUUUUCAGGUUAUUCAUUGCACUUUUCUCCAGGAUGGGCAAACUUCGGAUGAGAACGGCAGCGAUUCUGAUAUCUUCCCAGUUUGCCGAUGUUUUCCUCAACCGUCGAUUCCGCGCUCUUUGGAGAAUUGGAUUGCGAACUGCGCUGCUCUACAGAAAUGUUUAUCGAGAGUUAGCCAAAAAUUGAUUGACUCUGUUUAAUAAAUGUACAGCAAAUUAGCUCACUUCAACACAAAAACAAUCCGGACAAAGUUCACAGACCAACACGAAAUCUCCACCAGAAUAACAGCGAUAUUUUCUGGUCAGCAGCACUUUUCGUGUUAUUGUUAUCGGUUAAUUCGAGAUUUUCAGUCAGUUCUAACCGACUGUGUUCAAGAGCAGAACCUUCACAGUGUCCCUCAUCCCAUUAGUACAUGUUUUGUUCCACUAUGUAUUUAUUAUGAAUUCCAAAGUUCUUUCUACUUGUCCGUCAACGACUACAUCCUCACGCUAUCUUCUAUCCUUUUUUCCAUCGGCUUCGCGCCAAACAUCGUUUCUAAUUUCUUUUCUUUCAAAAACACACGUGUCACUUUAAACAAUAUCUUAUCAGCACUUUUUAGGUCGGAUACAAGCUGUGACGGAUUUUCACAAACGUUUUAAAUGUAUUUGCGUGUGUGUAUUUCUGGAAAAUGUUUCAAAGACUGAGUGACCCUCGUCGGAAGGCAUAAAAGGGAUUUCAGAAAAAGUGCAUCUUUUUCUCAUCUUCUGCGGUUUUUCACCACUCCGAUCUUCAAGGACAUAUCUUUAUCGCAUCAUCUUAUUUGAAAAAGGAAACAAAGAUAACGAUGUUUUUGAAAAAAAAUGUUUUCGAAUUCUAGGAACUGUAUUCACUAACAAAUAAACUUCAGCGAUUAAUCUCUUUAUCAUGAACGGGAUGGUCUGCCCGUUCCGUGUAAAAUGACGGACUACUGUUCUGGUAAUCGAUGAUCAACUAGAGAACAAAACUGACAUUAAAAACUGAUCGGGACAGGAAAAAUACCCACAGAGCUGUGCAAAAGGCCGGUUCAGGCUUUCCGAUAUACGGAGAGAGACCAUGUAAAUGAGCGAUUGUUGCAAAAACCCAAAAUUGCAGGUGGGUCAAAUGUCUGAGCUUGGAAGGUCUUUAAAAAGACUUUUACCAGUCCUGCCCAUGCAGGAAUAAAAAAAGUGGAAAGAAGAACGAUGUUACACUAUUUAUUCUCCAUUUUUGUUUGAAUCCAUGUCUCUGGAACAUUCCAUGCUCAAUAUCGGACCCUGCCUGUUGUUGAGUACCCCACUAAUGUUGAAUUUUGAUACAGUUUGACAACAUUCACACCUUGAGGCAUUUCUUUGAUGCGGUUAACUUCUGGUGCGCAACUUGACCGUGAAUAAUUGAUAUCAACAAUAUGAAGAAGCUUCAUGAUGAGAUUACAAUUCCGAUUGAAUUCUUGCAAGGCAAGUUGACCUAAUCAUCUUUUUCCGUGUUCGUUUAAUUCCAACAGACCGGGUUACUGUAGUGAUCAUGAAUGUUUAUGAUACCGACAACUGAACCCGCCAGACAAUAAAGUACUGUAAAUGUUCUGACUAAAUUUGUUGGAUCGUAAAAAUCUCCAUUCGCCAAUUAAACUGUCGAUUUCCAAAACAGACGACCCUUCAGUUACUCUUCCCCCCGAAAUUGCCUUGCCCAAGUCGUAAAACACUUCAAACGGACAACCUCUUUCACGUAAGGUUUACUGUAGAAUCUGAAGAGUACGGAUUUGAUCUUUGAUGGCUAAAAAGUCUCUGAAAACGUUUUAGAACUACUUUAGCAGUAUAUAUAGAUAAAAAGGUGCUUAGGAUCAUCUGAAGAGAGCGCCUCCAUGACAGUAGGUGUUCGAGAACGAACUGUCCAUAGACUGCUCUCUUCAGCUUCACUCAGCUUGGGUCAAACUCACUUUACGACAGCCGUAAAAUAAUUGGAAAAUGAAUGCCAUUGCGAGUUGAGCACGAGAAGUAUGGGUUGGAGGGGCGGGGUCGCUUGAUAAGAAGAGAUAAGAUAAGAUAACUGACUGGAUUGCGAAAUUGGAAAUUGUUUUGGUGUCUCUUUCCGAAUGGAAAUGAAAUAAAUGAAACACUCGUUGUUCACACCCCAUUUGACUUCCUACCAACCAUUCCAUUUCCAUUGAAAUUACCAUUUUGGCGAAAGGGGGGGGGGGGACGCCAAAUUUGAAUAUUAAUAGGAGCGCCGGGGAAUGUGUUGCCAACAACUCUUUUCGCACAGUCCCCUCCAGGGGGUCGGAAAGAAGGAGAAGAAGGAAGACCUUGCCGGCGACAGCGACAGACAACUGCAGAACUAAGUAGGGAAGAGAAUCGGCAAAAAAAAAGAUAGGUCACAGUCGCCGCCCCACCUCUCCUCCUCCUCCUCCUAGACCUCGUCUUUUCUUCUUACUCCCUGCCCAGCCCCUCGCCGUUUUUAUCGUUCAUUGUUCUUUCUCGCUGGCAGAGAACGAAAACCGGUUCGGUUUGGAUCGGCAAUUCGCAGUCAAGGAGAGUCAGAGAGAGAGAGAGGAAGUUUCUCGACAAUUUGAAAAAGGGAAGAAUGGAAGUGGAAGGGGUUCAAGAAAUCACAUUAGACAAAAUUGGUUGUCGGAGACGUGGAAUUCCACGAAACUUCAAUCACAAUCACAUUUUGCCAUCGGCCUUCGCCUCCAAAUUAAUUGAGAACGAAGAAUUCGUCUAAUUAGAAGAAAUUGUGAAGAGAAGUGAAGGGAAAGGAAAUUGGGGCGUAAACAAGCGAGAAAAGAAUUGGGGAAGGACGAAUAUUAUCGUUUCACCGCUGCACGGUACGAUGAUAAGAGUGGUAACCGAUCAAUUGACGCAAUCUUUCAUACACGCAACGCUAGAUUAGCUCGAUUGACGUUUCGGGUUAAGGUUGGUGCGAAUCGGAGUGUGUACCUGAAGUUAUAAAAUAUUUGGUUGCACAAAAGGGAGUCACGAGGGAAAAAAUUGAACGAUGGGAAUUUUUCUCGCCUUUUUGUGGUCACCAGAAAUUGGAACCAAAGGUUCUACAGCCCGGUCCGGAAUCAUGCCAAUCUAACAAUUGUAAGGUAAACGUGUGUACACGUGUUGUGAUAUUAAGAAAAAAAAAGUUCCUCGAUUGUCUAUCUAUGACUUGAUUCGUCUGGACUUGAGAAUUGCAUUGUUUACAACAACUUUCACUUUUCCUGUAGAAGUCAGUUCCCAAAAAACCCCUUCGCUCGAUUAUGUUAUCAAUCGGUCGGGCUGAAUGUGUACAUGACGUUUCGAUACGAAUUCUUUUGUUUCAAACUGUUUACCAAGUCUUUUUUAUUGAUAACACGGUUCAAACAUCCAAGAUCCAGCGAACACAGUCCCCCCCUAUAUAAUCUAUCCCUUUCCCUUACAAACUCAACCUGAACAUUCGUUUCCUUUUCUACGAUAAUCGGCGCCCAUCAACCCCCCAACUUUAUGAGCGUUGUUCGCAUAAACGAUCGACCGAAUUAGGUAGGUAGUUUAAGACAAUAUCAUCAUGACAUUCUUUUUGUUUUAUAAUCCUACCAGACGUAGUACGUAUAUACUUCUUCCGAAAAUGGAUGUGAUAAUUAGCCGCGUACAUAGGCGCUGUCUGGGUCAUCAUGGGAAAAAUCGAGGGCCGAGUUGUCAGAUUUUUACUUUUUAUGCUGUUGUUAAGAAUAUUUUUGAGGAAGGAAGUGUUUUUUGCAAUUAUUUUCAGCCUCAGUACACUUUUUGCAAAAACCCAAUUUUUACGGCCUCCCAUUUUCAUAUCUGAAAUCCGUCUGAGCCUCAGAACCUUGUAAUUCAACAGGGUCAAAAGUUCAGACCUCAAGCAGCGCAUUGAACUGGCAUCUCAAGUUCCAUACAAUUAACAUAAUUCAAAGCAAGUUCUCAUGACGCUAUGCACUUCAACUAAUGUUCCUCCUUUAAACACACGUGAUGCAAGGAGAAUCACAUUUGUCGUCGUUCUCUCGAAAGUACCUCUACAAGUACAUACAGCCUGGAGUACCUCUCACACGAACUUGUCAUAGGAGCAUUCCCUGAGUAUUCUCUGCUUUAAUCCUAUCAGAAAACCUCUUCACAUCCGUUUUCUCACGGAACAACAUGGAAAUGUGAGAAAUGUAAUUUAGUUUCCCUUUCCUUUCGAUCGGCAAGAAGAGUUCGUUUUUGUUUAGCGCGUGUCCGGGUUGACGUGGUUCGUUUCUGCUGAGAAAAAUGUUGUAUACGUGUGCUUUUUGCUCUGGACCUCCCUCACCUCUCACCAGGCCACAUUUCAUCGCAUCUCCGUUGCUUCUCCAGCUUUUUGGUCGGUGUGUGUUGCCCCUUCCCCUCCUCAGCAACUGCAACUGCCAGGUUGUGUCACGAACUUCACUUUUUCCGUUUAUUUACAACGCUCAUGAGUUCAGAAUCAGGGAGAAAAGAAGAAAAGGUUCAUAUCCGUCGGGCUCCUUUUCCUUUGACCCCCGCGCCACUUGGUCCCUCGGCCGCUCAACUCUUUUGUUAAAUUCUUGAUUGGCUCCUCCUCUAUCCUCUUUUCUCCAAAACAUACUAACGUUCUAAUUUUUGGCACUCCAAGCAAAAAUUGACUUUUCCUUUAGGAUCUUCUAUCAAUCUGUACAUUUGCAGGGUACAAAACCGGGUGAUGUCAAUGGAAGCACUGGAGGAUGAUUUGAAGUGCCUAUUGGUAGGUGAUCGACCAGAACCAAGACCGCUCAAGCACAGUAUCGCUGAAAUCACAAGAGAAUCAUCGCCAUUGGCUCAGGAACCGCAGCCAAACGUCAUGGAUAAACUUUCUGAAGAAGUUGAGCUACUGGCUUUGGAACCAGCAGUAGAAGAGCAAGAGCCCCAGGCACCGGAAAGCCCAGAUAUUGAUCCAGAAUUAGAAGCAGUUCAGCCAAUUCCACCGGAAAAUGCUCAGCAUGUACUUCCAAACCAGCAAAUGUUCGCAGUCGCAUAUCCUUACUACGCUCCUCUCAUUGACUGGGGUUUCCCGUCUUUCCGAGGAUGGAACAUCGGUGCUCCUUUCCUUUCAAACAGCUGGAACGUCAAUCCUCUGGCUUUAAGCACGAUGAGGUCGCUUCCGAAUUGGGGAAGACCUGCGGAAGAAGAUGAUUGGCGUCCUCCAGGUUUCAAUCCAAUGCCAGCGGAAAUGGCUCCGCACCUGCAGCCCGGUUUCUCGUUGGGAGAAUUCGCUCCUCAUGUCCCCAUUCAUUUACUUUAUCAACGAUACAUCCCGGAAAAUGAGGAAGUUGAGAUUCCGGAACCAACAUAUUUCUGCAGAAUCUGCGACAAAUCGAUUUCCCUUAUGAAAACCAGCCACCGAGAAGAGUGCCGUAAAUCUCCAAAGAGUAAGUGAAACAACUACCGUAAUCUAAGCAAGCUUUCAUUCAGAUCUUUCUUGUCCAAUCUGCUCUCGGCUUCGUCGUCAUUAUUUGAUGGAGGAGCAUGUUCAGUACUGCAUCAAGAGCUCAACUAAAUGUGAACUUGAGGUGAGUCAACUACAAUUUGUUUCAAAACAUUGUGACACCAACUGUUAUUUUAGAGAGAGAAGGUCUUCCGUUUCCAUCAAUCAUCCGCGGCCGUCAUCGAGAGAAAGUUAGUCGAGAUCCGAGAACAGCUCUUUAACAAUCUGAAGGACGCGCUGCACACGAAGAACGAACGCCCGUUCAUGGGAUGCAUUAUGUGCAACACUGAUCGGGAGCACCAUGACGGACGAUGUCUUCGCUAUUACGGGGAGAACGACUUUCGGGUUGGUUGAGUGAAAAUAAACUUUUACGAUUUCGUUCCAGACCUGCUUUUACCGGCCCUGAACCUUGCAAGUUUGGUCUUCCUGCCUCUUUUUACUUUAUUUCCGUUCUCAAAAGUCAGGUCAACAUUUUGACUGCGCGCCCUUCCGUUCAAAGGAUUUUUGAGAGUUGAGAGUUACUAGGCGACGGGAGCUAGACACUCAUAAACUUGCAGAAUUUUUGGUUUUAUUUUUACAUAGAAUCAGAAGUAGAAAUUUGAACUCUAAACAAUUCCAUUACAGUUUCGUGCCGGCAAAUUCCUCGACGAGACCGUUUACCCGGCCUACGAGAGAUAUCUGACUGUUUCCAAGGAAGAACAGCUUCUCCACGCCUACACCAAGUACUCGGAAAGUGAGGACGAUCAAUUGCAGUCGCUGAACGAGUUUCUGGACGUUCAUUCGCGGACAAUCAAUCAAGACAACGAAAGAAAGUUGAUGGAAAAGAAGGAAUCGAUCAGAAUGCUCAUGCAGGAAGAGAUCAAGACCCUUGGGAACAAGAUGACUUCCUACCGUAACUACUAUUUCGAUACCGUCGCCAUCCCGGAGUACUACGCCGAGAAAAGACGUCUUGAUGAUGAAAUGUAUGAACGUCUCCGUCGCUCUUGA